UAUAUUAUGGUUAAUAUUAUUUGAGGUUACUCCGUCUCAAAGGGAACAGAGAAAUUCUUAUAUUUUUCGGUUCCUAUUUUCCCUUUGAUUCCUUCUUCUCUUUGAAUGGCCGGCCAAACAGUCAUUGUUUCCGGUUUGAAUCCGGCGGCCAUUCUUCAGUCCACAAUUGGCGGAGCUCCGGUGGCAGCGGCGGCGGAGAACGGCCAUACGAGAAAAGUUGUUCCUCUGUCAAAAGAUGCCCUUCAGGAUUUCAUGGUUUCAAUCAUAACACAGAAAUUACAGGACGAUAAACAACCCUUUUAUGUUCUAGAUUUGGGUGAAGUUGUUUCCCUUAUGGAACAAUGGAACUCUGCUUUACCAAAUAUUCGUCCGUUUUAUGCUGUUAAAUGUAACCCUGAACCUUCAUUUCUCUCCAUGUUGUCUGCUAUGGGUUCAAAUUUUGAUUGUGCUAGCCGUGCUGAAAUUGAGUAUGUUUUGUCUCAUGGUAUCUCGCCGGACCGGAUUGUUUUCGCUAACCCUUGUAAGCCGGAAUCGGAUAUUAUUUUCGCCGAGAAAAUUGGGGUUAAUCUCACAACUUACGAUUCCGAGGAUGAAGUUUACAAGAUCCGUAAACAUCACCCGAAAUGCGAGCUUUUGCUUCGAAUCAAACCCAUGACCGACGGGAACGCGAGAUGCCCUAUGGGUCCAAAAUACGGCGCAUUACCGGAAGAAAUCGAGCCGCUCCUCCGUACAGCUCAAGCCGCUAGACUCACCGUCUCCGGCGUGUCCUUCCAUAUCGGCAGCGGAGACGCCGAUUCCAACGCUUAUCUAGGAGCCAUAGCCGCAGCGAAACAGGUUUUCGAAACAGCAGCUCAACUCGGAAUGCCAAAAAUGACGGUACUCGACAUCGGCGGCGGAUUUACCUCCGGCCACCAAUUCACCGCCGCUGCUCCCGCCGUUAAAUCAGCUCUGGAAACCCACUUCCACGACUUCCCUGAGCUAACCAUCAUCGCUGAACCAGGUCGUUUCUUCGCCGAAACAGCGUUCACUUUAGCAACAACCAUCAUCGGCAAAAGAGUCAGAGGUGAAUUAAAAGAAUACUGGAUCAACGAUGGGUUAUACGGAUCGAUGAACUGUGUACUUUACGACCAUGCGACGGUGACGGCGACGCCAUUAGCGUGCAUGUCGAAUCGUAAUAACCUCAGCUGCGGCGGGUCGAAAACGUUUCCGUCGACUGUAUUCGGGCCCACCUGUGAUGCACUUGAUACCGUGUUAAGGGAUUACCAGUUACCGGAGCUACAGGUUAAUGACUGGCUGAUUUUUCCUAAUAUGGGUGCUUAUACAAAAGCUGCUGGAUCAAAUUUCAAUGGAUUUAACACAUCCGCCAUUGUUACUCACCUUGCUUAUGCUUAUCCAAACUAAUGAUUAAUUAGGCUUUAAUUACCAUGGUGAUUGUAAUUUUUUUUUUCUAAUUUUGGUAAUUUAUUUUCCAAUCAGCUUGUAGUUUCUUUUUUUUUUUUUUUGGUCUUAUAAGAUAAGCAAGGAUUAGUCAAUUGGAUUUGCUUGUACUUAUAUUUUAUGUCUAAAUAAUCCAAUUUCUAUCUAUUGAAUUUUGUGUUC